UAAAGGAUUCUUACAUCUACAACAAAGCAAACAUAACUCCGUCUCAGUCUCUUUCUCUCCUCUGUUGCUAUAUAUCAACCAAAAAUAUAUAAAAAUGGCAAAUUUUAUUCAUGCACUUGUUUUUCUUUCCUUUGCCUCGUAUAAUUUCUGGUUAGCCACGGCAAGGGGCGCACACUACAAUGUAGUAAAUUACGGUGCAAAACCAGACGGCAGGACAGAUUCGAGCAACGCCUUUCUUGCGGCUUGGAAAGAAGCAUGUGCCUUUGCAGGAUCAAUCGAAAUUUAUGUUCCUAAAGGGAGAUUUGCCAUAAGCAAGGCAGUAGCAUUCACGGGUCCUUGCAAGAACAAUGCUACUUUGUUUCGCAUUGAUGGUACACUUUUGGCUCCUUCAGAUUAUGAAGUGAUUGGUAAUUCAGGGACUUGGAUAAUUUUUCAACAAGUUACUGGUGUUAGAAUCGUUGGUGGGGUUCUUGAUGGACAAGGCGCCGGAUUGUGGUCUUGUAAAACCUCAGGCAAGAACUGUCCUACUGGUGCAACGUCACUUGAAUUUACAAAUUCAAACAACAUUGGAAUAAGAAGAUUGGUAUCACUAAAUAGCCAAAUGUUCCACAUUGUGAUCAACGAAUGCCAAAAUGUCAAUGUGAAAGGAGUGAAAAUUAUAGCUCCCGGCAAUAGCCCUAACACAGAUGGAAUUCACGUUGGAGGAUCAACCCAUGUCAACAUUUUCAAAACUAAAAUUGGAACUGGGGAUGACUGUGUAUCAAUUGGUCCUGCCACUUCUAAUUUGUGGGUUGAAAAUGUUAUAUGUGGACCUGGCCAUGGAAUCAGCAUAGGAAGUUUAGGGAGGGAUCUUGAAGAAAAUGGAGUGCAGAACGUGACGGUUAGAUCUAGUACAAUUGUUGGUACCCAGAAUGGAGUGAGAAUCAAGACUUGGGGGAGAGAAAGCAAUGGUUUUGCAAGGAACAUUCAUUUCCAAAACACCUGGUUUACCAAGGUUGUUCCUGGUCAUGUAAGCUUCUAAAUUAAGACAAAGCUCGUUUCUUUUAAUCAUAUUCUCUAUUUUUUCUGAAAUUCAAUUUUUGUUGGACAGAAUUCUAUUAGUGAUGUCACCUACCAAGACAUACGAGGAUCAUCAGCAACUGAUAUAGCAAUGAAAUUUGAUUGCAGUAAAAAAUAUCCAUGUCAAGGGAUUAAAUUACAAGAUGUGAAGCUGAGUUGCAAGAAUCAACAAAGUCGAGCAUUAUGUGCUCAUGCUGCUGGAAUUGCUUCUGGUUUUGUUGAGCCUAAAAGUUGUUUGUAGUUGUUAGAAUAACGAUCACACAGUAACAUAUUUAUAAAACUGUUCAGCCCUCCACGCCCAGGUAUGAACAUCUGGAACGUGAAGUUUGCAGACAAAUGUAUCUGCAGUGAGGUGAUCGAAUAUUGAAGUAGGAUAGAUUUUUGAUACUAUGUCAAUAAAAUGGAUUGGACCUAACUUACUUUCCAAAAACUAAUUAAAAAGGAUUGUCC